UACAUAUACGAGUGCUCGCCAAUCCCCGUGUUACUCCACACUUGAAGUAUCUAAUGAAACAAUUUGCAACGUAUUCAUAAAUUUAUAAAAACAAAAAAAAAACAUUAAGCAACGGCAAUGCAAAACGCGAAACAGUCUGCGCAAAUAAAAUAAGUAACAGGUUUAGUGAAAAUACAAAAAUGCAAGGCUGGUGUUUUGCUUAAACACACGUAAUACCAAGUGCAACAACUGCCAGCGAUGGUAACUUGUAAAACGAUGGAUACUGUGCCCAUUUCAAAAAUGAAUUCUACGUGUUCGCGGAAGCCUCUCAGCAGCAACUCUUCCGGUUUCCGGCUUUUAGACGGCGAUCAUAUGGAAGCAGCAUCGAGUGGCAGCAAAAAUUCUGUUUACAAAUUAAAAAUUGAUUUGAUGUUCGAUGAUACGAGGUCCGUCUUCAGCAAACGGCUGGAUGACACAAGAGGAUCACAUCGAACUCGUUCCAUAAUUAUGUACGGCCGCAGUGAAUUGGCAAGCACAGUGCAGAGCUCUCGAUCGAUCACCAACUUACUGCAGGAGUCUACCAAUGCCACAAGGAAACUUACAACUUGCACCAAGAAAGAUGUACAACGCAUCAGUAACAGUGUUCAGGAGCAAAUCGAACAGCUCUUCACAGACGUAGCUAAAGAUGCCACAAGCAGCUUUGCAGUUAUAUACUUGGGCUCCUUACCUUUAAAAGAUAAAGUGACUAGCCUGCAAGGUCUGCAAAAGCCUCUUCGUGAACUGUAUCUAAAGGAGUCGCAUACUACGAUCCCUGGGUUUCUGGAAAUUUGUACAACAGGAUUAAGAGUUAAAAGUCAAAAUACCAACACUAAAAAUGACGAAAGCAUUACUCCCUUCCACAAUAUUGCCGUGUGGUCGGCUGUAAAGUUUGUAGUCUCAGAUACUGAUGGCGGUGCGGCCUUUUUACCACUGAUCACUGAUCCCGAAAAUAUAAAUAAGACUUCAUUAUUUCGCCCUUUCUGUGGAUAUGAGAAAAGCCAAGUACCAAGUAGCGGGCACGCUCCAAUUUUCACGGUAGUAAUGCGAUCUGCAGGCUUACCAAGAGUUCUAAAAUGUCAUGCUUUUAUAUGUAAAAGUACCGAAGAUGCAAUUGUUAUUGCUGCCACAUUGUAUCAGAGCUUAAUGGCACAUGUAAACUCAAGCUCAUACCGCAGCACUAAAAGACGCACGCCACGCAACCAAAAUGGCGUUAGUUGUAUUAGUAUUGCCAGUAGUUCAGUACGGACGGGCUCAAACUGCCUAUCACAUUCCCAGGCUCUAUCCAAUGGACGCAAAAGUUCUUUGCGUAGUUCAAGUGAGAGCUUCGGAGCAGACGGGACAACACCUACUCGCACGGGGCGGAAGAAGCGUAGUUCAAAUACCACACUAACUUCUAGCAAUAACAUUAUUAACGAGGCGGAAACUACUACAGAAGAACGCAAACGGAAAUCUCAUAAAAAUAAGCGCGCACCCCCUAUUCCAAACGGCACACACUCAGCUAAUUCCGUGUGCCACCAGAGUGUUCGAAGUACCAUUGGACUCAAAGAAACUAUUUGUGAUAGCUGUGGAGGUGGCGGACACUUACCAGUUGCGAACUCAACGGGCGAAAACUCAAACAGUGGUCUGCGUAGCGAAACUAAUGGAGAUAUAUUAACACGAGUAGCAAUACCUCGAUCCGGUAGCUUCCUCAAUACGGGAGGACUUACGCGGUAUAAAUCUAGAGCUGCGCGUCGUCAUUCGGGAAAAAUAGGCGGAGGUGGUGGUUCACCACUUGGUUUCAGCGAACUGUUUAAUGAAUUCCGCUUACAUGAAAACCUUCACUCACUGGACGAAAUUCUUUAUGCCAUAAUUGACGCCGAUGGAAUGUCAUUCAACGAUCUAAAACCAAUUUACAAGGAAUUCCUUCUCAAGUUGGCGGUUACUUUAACGAAAGAUGAGCUCUUCCAAAGAUCAAAAAAUAUUAUGCGUCGACAAAGAAAAAAGAAGCGACAAAGCAACGCUUCGAUUCCACAGAAAAAGUCCAAAACUUUGAUUUUUGGUACAAAGAGCUUGAAGAAGGUUUUUCACCUGGGCCAAUUCAGAUCGUGUCGUGGUAAGCCAGUAAAACUACCCCGAAGUAAGAAAGCCGAAGACCAAAAUCGCUUUCCGCAUGAAGCUCAAACAAACAAGCCUUCUGUACUUGGGCGUCCGCAUGACCAGCAACAAGCACGGAUAGCAACCAGCGGAUCUGACGUGUCGUUGGUGCGCAACGACAACACCCUUCGAGGUUUGAAUAGAAACAGCAGCAGCGGCUACGUCUCUUGUUCUGAAUGCAGCUAUGAUUCAGAAGCAUGCACGUGCAGUUCAGCCGACAGAUGUUAUUGCAGUCUUCGAGCAGAUCACAUUAACAGCAGGCUGCGUCGCAAAAAUGAGCGUAACAUUGUUCCAGCAAAGAGCUCAACCGACAUCUACAGGCAAAACAAAAGCAGCGCAUCUGGUAAUAAAAUGAAUCGAGAUUCACUGAUCUCGUGUAAUUCGGAUGAAAAAUGUUAUUGUUCUAUGGUUGAGGAAGAGAGCCCGAUAGUUGUCUCCGGUAGUGAUUUCGGAAACACCCAAUCGGAUACCACCUGGUGUGACACCGAUAGUUGUGUUAGCGCCAGCAAAUGUUAUUGCCAACCUAAGCCACAUCAAGCAAGCGCUGCUGGUGGAACAGCUGCAGAAAAAUUAGCCUUGGACUACGAGCUCUUUACGAUCAGUGGUAACAGCAAGUCAGUGCAGCCGCAUGAAGCUCUAAGCGUUAAGAAGAGUUUAGAAGCAGCGGCUAUUUUUGCCGAUGUAAAACUUAGCCAAACGACUGACAUUAAAAGUGUUUGUCCACCAGCUUCGGUUAAAUCCCAAAAAAGUUUCUCAGCAAGAAAUGGACGCAACUUGGAAGCAAAAAGAAAUGCUCAGCCCGUAAGAAGGCGUGACUCCUUAAGCACUGAUCGUCGACACAAACACCCAAACGCGCUCAGCUUAUCGCCGCGUUCAUCGCAAAGAUCUCAUAGCGCGGAUGAUUUGUUGGGUAAAGUUAGAACAGUGGAAAGAAAUUCAAGGUCAGCGUCGGUGAAGUCUACGCGGAGCAAAGAACAAGUUCAGUUGGUCGAGCUCGAGGAACGACGAAGUUUUCAAAGUAAUUACCAAUCGAUACCAGCUGCGAAUGCCUCACUGGAAGACGCAUUAGGGUAUUUGCCAUAAAGCAAAGCUAGACAUUAAUAAACUGCAUAGCAACACAUUAUUUUUAUAUCCGAGUGCACUAAUGCGCCGGGGUAUUACAAUUUGAUUCACACGACGGUUCACGGUGUUUGUAAUAGGCUAAGCAUUUGAUUUAGAUAGAUGUAGACAUACAUAUGUACAUAUAUAUGCGAAAAUGUUAAGAAUACAUAGACCCAUUUUUGCAAGUAAAUAUUUGUAUUUCUCAAACCACUAACAAAAACUAUUAUAUUUAAUUUAAACAUGAUUUUGAAAAUUGUUGGAAUCUUCCAAAAAUCAAAGGGGAAUGCGUUUAUAAAUGAAAAUCCCCCUUUGAGAUAGUAAAAGCUUCACAUUUUAGUCGUUUGAGUCGCUUCAAAUAUAUAAUAUACAAGUAUAUGAAUCAGUUGCUUUAAGUCGAUACU